CAGCUUCAGCAUUGACAGCGGGUCGAAGAGAAUGGCCAGAACCAAGCAGACAGCGCGCGAAUCCACCGGAGGGAAAGCUCCCCGCAAACAGCUGGCGAGCAAAGCGGCCCGCAAGAGCGCUCCGGCCAUGGGCAGAGUGAAGAAGCCUCUUCGCUACAGGCCCGGCACAGUGGCUCUGCGGGAGAUCUGCCGCUACCAGAAAUCCACCGAGCUGGUGAUCCGCAAACUGCUCUUCCAGCGCCUGAUGCGAGAGAUCGCUCAGGACUUCAAGACCGAUCUGCGCUUCCAGAGCUCGGCGGUGAUGGCCCUAUAGAAGGCCAGCGAGGCUUACCUGGUGGGACUGUUUGAGGACACCAACCUGUGUGCCAUCCACGCCAAGCG